GCAGGCUGCGCUGUGAGCGCGCGCUGCAGACGGCGGUGGGAAGCACAAUCCGCGUGCAGCCGGCGCGCGCAGACCCACGACGCCGCGAACCUCGACUGGAAGCGCGAAGUGCAGCUGGAGAGAUGACAGCUGACCACUCAGCAGUUUGGAACAAGUGAGCGCAGGUUACACUCGCUGAACACGAGGCGAUGCCGACCGCUGGAAUCGGACCUGAUUCCAUUACGCCCGAGAAGUGAAAGACGCCGGUCGGUGGUUUUACCUCAAAUGGGCUCCUAAAGAGUCUGUCGGAUAAUCAGCAUCAUCGAUUCCACUCAGAAGAUCCCUUGGACGUCAGCGAGAAGGGGGCCGAGAUGUGGCCCCCCGACCUCGGCCCUCCGGACGUCCAGCUCACCCUCCCCGGCUUCGGAAGUGUGUUCGAGGACGCCGAGGACCCUCAGGCGCCGCUGUCCUCCGGUGGCUUCUGUCAGCCCCCGGUACACUCAGGCGGCCCGGGGGUCUGCUGUCUCCCGCGGACUUCCCUGUCCCUGUCCUCGCUGGGCCGCGACCUCAGCGCCCUGCUGGGCUGCAAGACGGCGGAGGACUUCACUGCGCACGCAGAUCCCAAAAGCAGCGCACACAGGUCCCUCCCUCUACCCUACCUGCUCACCGGCUGUGCCACAUCGCCCCCUUUCGCCUCCCCGCCCUCCUCUCUCUCCUCCUCCGCCUCGUCCUCGUCUUUAUUUUUUGCAUCCUCUCUCCCCGUUUGCGAUGCGCCCGGCGGCGGCAAGACCCCUCACCUCCAGAGCAAGAUGCAGGCGGAGUUCAACCCGGUGAAACGGGAGCCCGCCGACGACUUCUCGCCAUGCGAGGGCGAGCCGUUUCAAUCCGGCAGCCAGCAGGCGGCGCUGUUCCCGCUUCAGUUCCCGAGGCCCGGCGGGCCCGCGGGCCGGGACCCCAGCGCGGACCAGCGGGACCAGCCGUGCCACUGGAUCGACUGCAGCGCCGCCUACGGCAGCCAGGAGGAGCUGGUGAGGCACAUCGAGAAGGUGCACAUCGACCAGCGCAAAGGGGAGGAGUUCUCCUGCUUCUGGGCCGGCUGCGUGCGGCGCCACAAGCCCUUCAACGCCCGCUACAAGCUGCUCAUCCACAUGAGGGUCCACUCUGGAGAGAAACCCAACAAGUGCAUGUUCGAGGGCUGCUGCAAGGCCUUCUCCCGCCUGGAGAACCUGAAGAUCCACCUGAGGAGCCACACGGGAGAGAAACCCUACAUCUGCCAGCACCCUGGAUGCCUCAAAGCCUUCAGCAACUCCAGCGACCGGGCCAAACACCAGCGCACACAUCUGGACACGAAGCCGUACGCCUGUCAGAUCCCAGGAUGCACCAAGCGGUACACGGACCCCAGCUCGUUACGAAAGCACGUCAAGGCUCACUCGGCCAAAGGCCUUCAGGAGAGGGAGGUCCAGCAGGUGCACGCGAUGCUGGAAUCGGACGCGCUGAGCGACUGCCUGGCGAGGCAGCAUCUGCACCAAGGGAGCGGCUCCCCUCUGCCCGGCUUAGACGAGUACGCAGGUGUGUAUUCGGACUGCGGCUCCGUCCACGACGGAGCAACCCCCGGGUUCCCGCCUCCAUCAGCGGACCCGUCGUCCGGGUACCGGGGCCUGGAGGGGAGCCGCCCCACGGCGCCGCUGACGAGCGCCGGGAGCAUGAGAGACGGGCGAGUGGGAGAUCAACGCAGAAACGGGCCGACGCCGCUGUUCAUGUCCGCCGACGUCAGCCCAGUGAGCUCCUCGUCGGACGUCCAGCUGCAGGGAUACCACAAGACCUACCACCCCCAGCAGGUGUUCCCCCAGCAGCAAGGGUGCCUCUACGCAGAGGGGAAGGCGGGACAACCAGACGGCGACGGAGGCUUCGAACCCGCCGGCUACUUCGCGGCCUCCUCCGCCUCUUACCCCACAGGCUUCGACCUGCUGCAGGAGCUGCAGGCUCAGACUGGGGGGGGUUACUCCAUGUCGCCCUGCUCCGACGACAGCUUCCUCUUCCAGGCGGGAGGCGUCGACCGCUGCCUCAACCAGAUCUACUCCAUCUACCUGGACUCGUGAUGGGCCUCCCAGAACCAACGAACCCCAAUCAGCAGUCGCCUGGUUUCCAUGAGGGCAGAAUGCGUCAGACAAUCGAACUCUAUAUUGUUCAUUCAACUAUCUGGUGUUCUGGACAUAAAGUAUGUCGGCGGGAGUAUUAACGGUACAAAGAAAAGCGGGAAUUGGCUAAAGGCAGAGAGGAAAUCUGGUUGUAUUGUAAAUGUCAAAUUCAGCGAUGUGCCUUUGUGGUCUGGAUGGAAGCAGCUGUGAGCUUUUUAUGUGCUAGUUCGAUCUGUUGAAAUGUAUCUGGCUCCGCGGCUCAAACACUGAUAUCUAGUGAGGUUCAUACUGCCUCCAGGAAAUGUUAACACAAUGUUGUUUGACAGAAUGGGAUCUUAUAAUGCGCUCGUAAAGAUAUCGGUUUGUUUGGAAUGGCAGUUAAGAAGAAACCAAAGAAGAAACAAACACAGUUUUAAAAGGAAACAUCUGAAUUAUUAGAAGACACUAACACUCAAAUGGUUUAACUCUAUUACGCUUAUAGAUGCAUGUAAUAUGUCGUAAUGGCUUUAAAGCAGGUUCAUUUUAAGGAGUUAUGAGACAAAACAUCAUGUUAUGAUCGAUCAGGCAUGUCGAUCAGCAUCUAAACCAUACAGAUAUAUAUACAGAUAUACAGAUAUAGAUAUUCCACACAUACAGUCUGUUGUGUAUCAGUGUGGGUGACUCCUGGGACUUAAAACUGACACACAAAAACAACAAAAACUGCACUAAAAUGCAUCGUCUGUGAUUUGUCUCAUGGACAAAUACGCUUUGAAUAUGUAUAAUCUAACAACAAUCAAGACCGGAGCAUAAUCUCCGUUUUUAUUAUUACCGUCUCUUCUGUACCUUUCCAUGUUUGUUGUAUCAGUGUUGUAUUGAGUGAGAGGGAGGUGUGCAGUGUUUACAGGAAGUUCUCUGCACUCUUUUCUGUCUCGUGAACAAACCAGAAAAAAUGUUUACACUGAUUUUGUAGCAAUUCAGAGAUUUUCUUAUUCUUGUCAUUGAACAGUGUAUAUACUGUAAAAAAAAACUGCCUUUUAUAUCUAAAUAAAUAAAUCUAUAUGUUUGUCAA